UAUGAUAUAAAGCAUAAAUAUAUAUGUAUUGUUUAGUAGUGAAGUGGAAUUUUGUUGAAAAACACUUACAAUAAUAUCAUUACCAACAUGAAACAAGCUAUUUUUAUGCUUGUUGUUUGUGCUGUAUCAGUGUCUUCAGCUUGGUUCCCACUAUCAAAACCAACCCCUAAUAAUAAUAAUAAUAAUAAUAAUCCUAACGUAUUUAAAAAUCCUAUAAUAAAUGCUUACCUUAAGAAUGCCUCUAGAGAGCUUGUCUUAUCAAUGGUCGAAGAGAUAAACACAAAUGUAGGAUACGUUAUCAAAGGAGCCAUUUCCGAUAUUGAAUCAGAAGGUUCCCUUUCUGAAGAGCAACUACCUGAUUUUAUACUCCAGCUUAGAAUAGAUAUUCAGAAAAGCAUUAAAAAUAUAGGAAGAACUACAUUCAAUAUAAUCAAAGAGGUUAUAAAAGGGAUUGGCAACAAUUUGAACAAUAUAAAUCAAAUAGUUCAAGAUGCUUCAGCUGGUCUAUCUGGAGUUUUAGUGUCUAAAUUACAAAAUAUUAUUAUGGGUUUGGCAGACAGAGUGUUGUCUGUUGGUGGAUCUGGUUCUGCGCUUAAAGCUCUGUUAGAUACUAUCCUUAAAUUAUCCACCAAAGUCGACGUAACCUCCACCCAAGUGGCAUUCAGUACGCUUGCUCAAUUAAGCCGGUACUUCAUGGAGUCUCUUGCUGAUGGAAUACCUGUUGUAAGUAAUGCUGUCGAGAUAUUUACCAAAGCAGUGGACAUCAUGUCAAAGAGACUUAGUGGUGUAAAAUAUAUAGUAGGUGUCUAAAUAACCCAUAUAUGUGUGAAAAUAUAAAUAUCAAAUAUGCUGUUUAAUUAUUAUUAAAAAUAAUAAAAUUGAAAAUGUUGCCGAA